UGGGCAGCCUUGGGUUUGUAGUGUAGAAGAAGCAGCCACAAACAAAGCGUUUUUGAUAUUACUUGCAGCAAUAGUUUUUUUUUAUUACUAUCAUUAGAUAAAACUGAGAGUUAUGACAGAAAAAGUAAUUGCAAGAUGCAGCUGGGCUCAAACGGCCGGCAAAGAGCUGCAUCAGGUGGUGCCCACACGGCACUCGGACGAAGAUGUCUUUGAAAAGCCCGACUUGGACGAUGUUAUCGAUGAAGAACGCGCAGUUUUGUUCUCAAACAAUGACUGCCCAACAAUACCCUGUGAGUUGCAAUUUCAAAUAUCACCAAAGUUUAAAAUUGCCGCCAUAACGCUUGUGUGUAGCGCACCCAAAGUGGAGCUCUUUGUUGGUCCAACUCAGGAGUAUCUGGAGACCAUUUACGGCACCAGCAUUGAAGAACAAGAGGCCGAUAUACCCAUACGGCCCUAUCGUUACGAUGUCGAAAUCGAUCGUUCCGGCAUAUCUGAGAUUAAUCUAAAGCUGCUGACGUCGGCUAAAGAAAUUUGUAUUUAUGGUGCUAUGUUGCACAUAGCUCCAAAUCCGAAUGGCAUCACCACACAGCUGCAAAAUACAUUCGACAUACAAAAUAUACAGGAGUUGCUGCAAAAAGGUGGCAAUCAAACCGAGGACGAUGAUCGAAAGUUACAAAAGUUUCUGUGCAUGAUGAAGGGGCUGUCCUGUCCUGCACAGCCUGUACCGAUGUCAUCAGCCACUGCCGUUGACAUUAACCCAACUGUACAGCAACAUAUCGAUGCCAAGUUCGAGCAGCUUCAACACACUAUCACUAAAAGACUGGAUGCAUUCGAAGCGCAACAAGCUGCAAAGCUGGACAAAAUUAUUGCAAUGCUUGAAAAGAAAAACUAACUGAUUAAAUCAUAAAUGAUAAGCUAUUCAUUCAAUUAUGUGUCCAAAACUAAGUUUCAUAUGCAUCUAAAAUUAGUUAUUCGAAUUGUGAUCUGUUGAAUAUUUCUUUUAAUUAUGUAUUGAAGUCAUUUCAUCUAUCGUUGGCCAAAAUCAAAC